AUGUGCUCAGUGAAGCUCAAUCAACUUCUUUCCAUUACCCACAAUUGCCGUAUCCUCAUAUGCUUAAUUUGCAGGUCAGCAAUUCGACCUGAUAAGAGCAUAGAGAGACAUUUCCGGAGCAUACAUCGUUCAAAGGGCGAGACGUUGAGGCAGAUCAGGAUAUUCUGCUCAUCUUGUACAUUCGAUGAUCCUACUACAACCACCCUCCCCAAAGAUUACAGUAAAGCGAUACCUGAACUUCCAGUCCUCCGCGGGUUGCGCUGCAGUUACUGUCGCUGUCUAACAAUCAGCCGCAGAAGUCUUACUAAACAUUUCAAAAGAUAG